AUACACCUACUAUACCAGGCGCCCGACUUCCCUACCGUGGUAGAAGUAUAUAGUAGUAUCCAGAUGCUUGCAGGAUCGACAAAAUAUCACAAUCAUGGGAAUCCACUUUUCAGUUGCACUUUCCACAUGUUUCGGGACACCAGGAAGACAACGGAAUACCUCUAAAGACCUUAGCGCAUCUCUUUCUCUUUCUCUUCGCCACCCAAGCGCAGUUCCGCUUUUUGAAGUUCUUGAAGCGGAGAUUGUCACUGUUGCUGCAGGAGGAAUCAACGAGUUCGCAAGUCCACUUCGCCAUGGGCAAGACCUCGUCGCCGUCCGGAUUCAAAAGAAUUCCGUUGUCGGGAACGGUGUCGGCAGUCAAUUGCUGGAUCGGGACAUGGGGAUCCUCGGGAGCGUUGUUGAUGGAAUAGGUGCUUCCCUGCUCGGUUCCACCAUCCCACGGAAAGGUUGCGAUUUCAAACAUCUUGUACCAAACGACACCCGUCUCGCCGUCGUCGACCGGAGCGACAUCGUAGAACCCGGUAAACCAAUCUGGACUCGGAGCUGCCAUAGUGAUGGCCGAAAACAAUGGAAAGUAGGGCGUCAACGUAAUGCUCUCGAACGUCUGCGGGGGGUCAUUUCUGUUGAAUUGACCGUUCCCGACGACGAGAUCUCCUGCUUUUUUUUUCUUUUGGGCCUUCUGGAUUUCCUUUUCCAGCUUGGAGGUGGAACCAGUCUGGGGUGGGUAUUUAUAGGUGUUUUAUUUCAUUUUUUUGCAGAAUAAUUGUGUGAGCAGAGAAAAAAAGGAUAAAUAAAUUAGGUUGGAUUCGAUUCAGUUCGUUUCUGUUUGGUCCGAAUCGAUUUACCAACCGAAAUUUCGAAAUGUUACAUACCUCCGCUACGUUUUCAACACCCGGCGAUGCCAAUUCAUUUGGCGUCCACAGGUUGUAGGCUUCGUUAUGAGCAACAAGGGCAGGGGGACUCCAGUGAGCAUUCUGAGAAAUACUGCUGUAAAGGACUGGAUGGGUUGCCGCUGACCAUUGAUUCGUAAGCGUGCAGGAGUACGUAGCACUAUGACUAGAAGCGGGUACAGUGCUUGGGACAAAGGAAAGAAGCUCGUAUUCCUUUACCAUUUUUUCUUGUUUGUUGGCUCGCUGGCACUACUGCGCACUUGUGUAUCUCAACGUUUUUGUGAUAGAAUUGGUUUAUACCAAAAAUUGUGAGCAUCGAAUAAAUACCAAAGAUAGUA